AUCUUUCCCCACCAAACAAACAAAAACAAUCUACAGAUACUUGUCCUCUUCAUCAUUCCUCUCUGCCUCUUUUUCCUCUGAAGAACUGAACACAGAAACCUUUUGGUGUAUCUUAAUCUCUUAGUAAAUCAAAGAUGCAAAACGGUCACACAGAAACUGAAGACCAGAACCAAAUGGCCAUAGAUGAUAAACUUCCUCCAAUUUCAUGGGAAAGGAAGUUAAAUAGUCAAACCAAGACCCCAUCUGAGUUCAAACUGACUAAACGAGAUCAUCUUCAUCUGUUUCCAUUAGGCUACAGAUUGUGGCGACACACCAAAGAAGAAGCCGCAAAAGGAAGAGCAUCGAUCUUCGACAUCUUCAGAAAACACCAUAUAACAGGAGAUCAUGGUGUCCCUUUAGGGGGGAUUGGUGCAGGAAGCAUUGGAAGGAGUUACAAGGGUGAGUUUCAGCAGUUCAAGUUAUUCCCAAAGAUUUGUGAGGAAGCUCCAAUCCUCACAAACCAAUUCUCUGUAUUUGUUUCUCGCCCGGGCGGUUUGAAGCACUCAACUGUUCUAUGUCCAACAAAGCCAGAAGUGAUUAAAGACAAUGGAGGCUAUUUGUGCAGAGGUGAAGCUCCAAAUGUAGGAAUUGAUUCUUGGGAUUGGAACAUGACAGGGGAAAAAUCCACCUACCAUGCUCUUUAUCCUAGGUCCUGGACCGUCUACGAAGGUGAACCUGACCCUGAACUCAGAAUAGUUUCUCGUCAAGUCUCUCCCUUUAUACCUCAUAAUUACAAGGAAACCAGUCUUCCUGUAUCGGUUUUCGACUUCACGGUGACUAAUACUGGAGCAGAACAAGCAACUGUUACACUGCUCUUUACUUGGGAGAAUUCUGUGGGAGGAACUUCUGGGUUAACUGGACAGCACUUAAACUCAACAAUAAUGGCAAAAGAUGGAGUUCAUGCAGUAGCUUUACACCACAAGACAGCAAAUGGACACCCACCAGUGACCUACGCAAUUGCAGCAAAAGAAACAGAGGAUGUUCGUGUCUCAUCGUGUCCAAGUUUCUUAGUUUCUGGUACUAGCCCUAACAAAAUCACAGCAGGAGAUAUGUGGGAUGAGAUUAAAAAGAACGCAUCGUUCGACAAGUUAACCAUCAAUGCAUGCUCUCCAUCAAAACCUGGAACUUCCAUUGGAGCAGCCAUAGCAGCAAAGGUGAAAGUUCCACCAGGAUGUGACCGUACAGUCACAUUUUCACUCUCUUGGGAUUGUCCUGAGGCUAGAUUCGACGAGAAAACUUACCACAGACGAUACACAAGAUUCUAUGGCGGUUUAGGAAAUGCAGCGGUGGCAAUGGCUCAUGACGCUCUUCUCAAGUUCUCUGAGUGGGAGGCUCAGAUUGAAGAGUGGCAAGGUCCUAUUCUUGCUGACACAUCACUUCCUGAGUGGUAUCGAACAACUCUCUUCAACGAACUAUAUUAUUUCAACUCAGGAGGAACCAUCUGGACAGAUGGGUUGCCUCCGAAGCAAAGCCUCGAUAGUAUAGGAAGAAGAAAGAUCUCUCUAAGCAUAUCAACCAUAGACAAUCCUGAUUCAGACCAGAACAACAUAGCCUUGGACAUCCUAGGAAGAAUCGAUGCGGUCUGCUCGCAGAUUCACGCUCCUCUAUCCUCAAAUGCUGCCCUCGGAACCACUAUGGUUCAGCAUACCGAAGAGAACAUAGGACAGUUCCUUUACCUAGAAGGGAUUCAGUAUCUAAUGUACAACACCUACGACGUUCACUUCUACUCCUCUUUCGCAUUGCUCAUGCUUUUCCCCAAACUCGAGCUGAGCAUCCAGAGAGAUUUUGCGGCAGCGGUUCUGAUGCAUGAUUCCAGCAAGAAACAGGUCAUGAGCUCCGGCGAAUUCGUUACAAGGAAAGUUCUUGGAGCGGUUCCUCACGAUAUUGGUUUGAACGAUCCGUGGUUUGAAGUAAAUGCUUAUAACUUGUUCAACACGGAUAGGUGGAAAGACUUGAACUCCAAGUUUGUUCUCCAAGUUUACAGAGACGUGGUUGCGACCGGUGACAUCAAGUUUGCGAAAUCUGUUUGGCCAUCGGUUUACACCGCCAUCGCUUACUUGGACCAGUUUGAUAAAGAUGGAGAUGGGAUGAUAGAGAAUGAAGGGUUUCCGGAUCAGACGUAUGAUGCUUGGUCUUGCACUGGAGUUAGCGCUUACUGUGGUGGUCUUUGGGUCGCGGCUCUCCAGGCCGGCUCCGCUUUGGCCCUUUUAGUUGGGGACAAUGGGGCUGCGGUUUAUUUCAACGCCAAGUAUGAGAAAGCUAGAAGCGUUUACGAGAAGCUCUGGAAUGGUUCUUAUUUUAAUUAUGAUAACAGUCGAAGUGGCUCGAGCUCAUCAAUCUUGGCUGAUCAAUUGGCUGGACAAUGGUACGCGAGGGCUUGCGGACUGAAGCCGAUAGCGAAAGAAGAGUGGAUCAAGAAAGCGUUGGAGACGGUCUACGACUUCAACGUGAUGAAAGUGAGAGAAGGGACGCGUGGGGCUGUCAACGGGAUGUUACCGGAUGGACGAGUAGACACAAGCACGAUGGUGUCGAGGGAGGUUUGGGCCGGGACUACAUACUCGGUCGCGGCUUGUAUGAUUCAAGAAGGACUUGCGGACAAAGGGUUUAGGACAGCAAGGGGAAUCUAUGAGGCAGCUUGGUCUGACCGGGGUCUCGGCGUCUCAUUUCAGACACCAGAAGCUUGGACCACAAACGACGAGUAUAGAUCACUUUGUUACAUGAGGCCAUUAGCUAUAUGGGGGAUGCAGUGGGCACACACAAUGCCACAACCUAAUAGAGAACAAGAACAAUCAUUAAGGAUACAAGAGGAAGAGGAAACGUCUGUGCUGUUUCAGCAACACGCAGGGUUUAUUAAAGUGGCUCACUAUCUGAAAACAACAAAGGGAAAAGACCACAGAAGCCGCCUCCAGUCUGCUUACGAGACCUUCCUCAGGGUAGUCCGCCUUUAGACCACAACCUAAUAACGAGCCACCUUUUUUCUCGUCUCUUUUCCGUGUCGUGCUUUAAAUGUUUUAUGUUACUUUCAGUUACAGACAUAAUCAAGUGUUUUGGAAGUGUAAUGGCAAAUGUAUAAGAUCUAAAUUGCAAUUGUUUAACUC